AUGAAACAAGAACCCUUUACAAGCUUGAGCUUCCCUUUAGAACGUUACUCCUAUGCCACACAAAAAGACGAAACAUCACCCAAACACUCCCCAUCCAGCAUUCAAUGGCUUCAUUAUCCUCACAGAGACCUUGAGAUUCAGUUUGAAAUGAACAACAUUAGUGGACAUGAUGAAGUCACCAUGAAGGUGAUCCGUGGUGCUAUCAUCUUUGAACAAUUGAACAUUACUCGUUUAUCACGACUUAAAAUCCCCCUGUUUCAAUCAGAAAAUGGCCCUCAACAGUCAGGCAUUAUUAUUAUUACACGGGCGCCAUGUAUUGGUAUCAAAUGGUACAAUGAUGUAUCAAGAAAAAUCUCUAGGUUUCAAAUGAAGUUUUCUACGGAUGAUAUCUUUCAUUCAGUUCGAGGUAUACUUGAACAGCAUGCAGGAAAGAUAAGGAAUGCGAUUGACACUCGUUCUUUAGAACAAGUAUCAAUUGAGCUUCAAAAAUACGAAAAAUCAUUAAACCAUGUAAAACCAUGGGAUCAAGGGGAAAUAGAGGAACCUUUAGCAAAAAAAAUGUAUGAAGGAUAUACGUCAAUGGAACAAGAACCAGUAUCAAGUCUGGCAGAUCUUAGAUUUCCAACGCCUUCAAAUACAAACAAAUUUUUAUAUUUAGAUACAACUUAUAAAAAUCAAAAUGAAUGGGUAUCAAAUAUGAACAACUUAACAAAAAUGACAAAGGAAAAUAUUCAUUAUAAAUCUAAUUUAACUACAGAGCUAAUCGAGAAAAAGAAACCUAGAAAAUCGUCUACUUGCAAGACAAAAAAAAAUACAAAUAAUUUAAAAGAAGAACCAGUUACUGAUCAUACAAAUUUAUCAAUAAAAACGGUGAUUGAUAAUAAAAAAACGCUGGAUACAAAAAAAUUACCAACACCUCCAAGUACUGCUCCUUACGAAUCUACUUUAUCACUUUCACAAGAAAAUACAGAUACCCUAGAAGAAAUGAUUAUUUCCUAUAUUAAUGAUCAUCACUUUUUACAAUUGGUAAGUGGAAUCAUUUCAUUUUAA